GAACAUCUGGACUUGAUUUGUGUGCUCCAGAGUGGAGAAAAGGUCCAGAAGUCGGCUUAAAUGGUAUUUUCCAUAUUAAUUGCUGUCCACAGAACUGCCUCGUUGUAGGUUUAUAUUUCGACAGCGAGGAUCGCGGAUCUUUAUGGGAACGUGACGUUUCCAUACACCCCACGCCGUGUCUCGCGCGUGUGGGUGUGCGUCUGUAUGUGUGUGUCUGUAAGCGUACUGGGUGCGUGCCUCAGUGACGCUCUGUUGUUCCCACAGAGCAGACAGACGGCUGGAUUAGCGCGACAAAAUAGAAACUGCGAGUUCUUCAUUUUUAAUUUUUUUUUAACAUAAAAAAGUCUGGCUUGGCUUUCAUAACUUCUCCUUUCCUCGGGAAUCAUCGCGCCUUUUGCACGGUUUCGUGGCGGCACACAGACCGGUAUGGAUUUGCCACUGUCUGGAGAAGGCACGCCGUGUAGUCCGCUACCAAAGUUUUGAUUGUCACCGUUGAUCUGAGAUCCUGGAGUAACAGGGGAAGGCGCUGAACUUUGACGCACAUGUGAGGACACUUGGAGACAAAUAUUUAUCUGCCGGAGCGUCUUUUCUCUGCUGUCUACCAUCUCUCAUGGGGUGACCCACACAGAGCCUCUGAGACGUGACUGUAGGACAGACAGUCUCUUUCCCAACCUGCUUCCUGUCCUUUCCUUAAAGGCAAAAACUAUUGGCAUAGAUACUCUGCACAACACUGUGUGAAUGAAUCUUUGCCGCAAAGCCGUUGUGCACUGCCACCCUGUCGCCAUGGGCAGCAAAUAUUCCCAAUACUACAAUAAGAGUCUGAUCCGCUUAUACUACAGCUAUGCUAAAAACAUGACAUCUGAUGACAUAGACAAAUACAUAAAGGAGAAACUCGAUAAAUAUCCCGACCCUCUCGAAAUAUUCAUCGUGGUCCUCUGCACCAUCAUCAUCCUUGAGAAUCUGAUGGUCCUGACUGCCGUCUGGCGCAACAAGAAGUUCCAUUCGGCUAUGUUUUUCUUCAUCGGUAACCUGGCAUUCUCUGACCUGCUUGCAGGCUCAGCCUAUAUAGCCAACAUUUUUCUAUCGGGGGCAAAUACAUUUGAAUUGUACCCAGUACAGUGGUUCAUCAGGGAAGGAACAGUGUUCAUUGCUCUGUCAGCUUCAGUCUUCAGCCUGUUAGCUAUAGCUAUAGAGCGGUAUGUUGCAAUCACCAAGGUUAAGGUGUACGGCUCCAACAAAACAUGUCGAAUGUUUCUGCUGAUAGGAGCUUGUUGGGUUACCUCCAUCCUUAUCGGAGGACUUCCCAUCAUCGGCUGGAACUGCAUCAACAACCCCCCUGAGUGUUCAGCGGUAUUGCCACUUUACUCUAAGAAAUACAUUGUGUUUGUUGUCACCAUUUUCAGCGUCCUACUACUCUCUAUUGUCAUCCUCUAUGUGAGGAUCUAUUUGAUUGUACGCUCCAGCCACCAGGAAGCAACCAACUCACAAGCCUAUUCCCUUUUGAAAACGGUCACAAUAGUGCUGGGAGUCUUCAUUGUGUGCUGGCUGCCUGCUUUCACGAUUCUCCUCCUGGAUUCAUCCUGCAGCAUAUAUUCCUGCCCUAUCCUCUCCAAAGCAAGCACCUUCUUUUGUAUUGCCACUCUGAACUCUGCGCUUAAUCCAGUGAUCUACACACUGCGCAGCAAGGACAUGAGAAGGGAGUUCAUGCGCUUGUUGUGCUGCUGGGGGGUGCUGCAAAGUGGGCGGCCGUCUGAACGUUGUCUGGUCCCUCUAAAGAGCUCCAGCUCUCUGGAACACUGCACCAACAAACUUGAACACCAGAAAACACCCAUUAUGAGAGAAUGUACCACCUGUGUUUGAUAGGGUGCAAGUAUAUCGUGUAUGUGACUGCGAGAGAGAGAAGGAUGAGGUAGCUGUUAAGAGAGAAGCAAGCACAUCCCACAUCUAAGACAUGUGGUAAGGCUGGGACAAAGCUGUCUCUGAGACACAGAAGCAAACUUGUAUUUCCAGUUACAGUCAAAAUUGUGUGAAUUCACACAAAAUCACCCAUGCAGCUGGUGUAAAAACAUAAGAGGGAACCAAUGUAGUAGGUGAGAAAUGUGAAAAAAGAAAAAAAAAAAGCUUUCUUGUGGGUACUUUUAUUGAUUGUGGAGCAAACCAUUUUCGUGUAUAUGCCUGUUGUCUUGUUCAUUUUUCUAAACAUGUAAAACCCUUUUAAAAGCCAAAAUUAAUAUGCAUAAUGUCAUAUUUAUGCCAAGUUUGGGCCUUUCAACGACUGUGUCAAUGCAAAACUAGUAAUCUACAAAGUUGCACUUUGUAGAUUACUACAGAUAUUUUUGUUCUUUGUAAGGUUUAACCACAUUACUCUCCUUCACCGAUAUACAGAACCAGUCAAAAGUUUGGACACAGUGUGUCCAAACUUUUGACUGGUUCUGUACAUAUACAUUAAGCUCAAAGAUGCAUCACUCGUUCUUUACAGAGCCACAGGUAGUGGUCAACUGAGACCAAAUUACUAAGUAGUUCUUUGACAAAAUGAGGCUAUAUAUUCCCUAUAUAAUCUUAAACCAAUUCAUAAACUACAACAAACUUAUGUAACCUGCUCACAUUUAAUGCAUGAAAUUCUAACUGUAAGUGAUAAUGUGUAUGAUAUACUCCAGCUUCAGAUUCCAUCACUAACACCUCUUCCCUCAUUUGACCUCAUAAUCAGUCCCUCUUGCUUUUACUGUUGUCUUUUGUAUCUAAACCGUUUCCGUCGAGGAAGGCCUAAUCAGAACGCACAUUUCCUUAAGAGAGUUGGCACAGAUGUUGAAUUUGACUCAUUAACAGCUGUCCAAGCAGCUUUAACUAAAGGGACAGAUGUCAUUGCAGUGUUGGAGAAACAUAGCAACAAUGUGGUGUCUCUGUUUGUGCCUUCCUCCCGGGGGGAAAAAGGCUGAAUGCACGUAUGAAGUGUUGGGCCGUGUGCCCCUUGUUGACAGUAUUAUUGAUCAUUUAGAAUUUCAAAGUCACUGACGAACAGAGAGUGGGAUGAACAGGGUAGGCCACUCUUACUGUGAAGUCUUAAACAGCACCAUGAACAAGAAUUGGUUUCAUUUUCAAGCAAUAUACCUUGUGCGACUAAAGAUCCAAACACAUCUUAUCUUGCCGAAGACCCAUCGCCUCUUCUACAAAAUAGGAGAAGAUCCGGUUUCAGAUGCACGGGCGGUAUCUGCCCUCCUGGGAGGUCAGCUUCAUCCUCGUUCUAACAUCCUGACAUCCUACAACAUGCAACUUCCCUCAGUCAUAGGAAGUCCCGUUUUUCAUUGUCCGGUUCCUGUUGUUCAGACUUACACUAGCCUUCUUCCCGUAGACACACAAUUAAAACUCUUCUCUCUGUCAGUGUUUUUUAUUGAUUUUUAAAUUUAGACAGACAUGUAGAAAAGCACUUUGGCAGCUUCAGUGAUGUUUCCUUUCCCCCAUUUUUUUUUAAAGAUGGAGAGAUGUUUUAAUUUGUAUACCCAUGACUUUUUUGUUAAUAUAAAAAAUAACUAUGUAUGUUAAUAUGUAUGUAUCUUUGUACAGUGUGUAUGAUUUUUGUGUUGUGAAAUGUCUCGUGUGCAAUAGUCUUGUGUGUCCAGUAGCACGCUGCCUGUUUUAAAUUGGUACAAUCUGAAACACUAAUGUAGGUACAUAAACAUUUUGUUAAUUGCAUUCCAGUUUUAUAAAAUAAAUGCUGAAAAGAAGA